AAAAACACUCUUUCUCUCUCUAAAUCCCAUAACCCUAAUUACUUCCUCUCCCUCUCUCUCUCACAUAGAACCGUCUCCUCCACUCUGUUUUAUCCAAACCCAAACCUCUAUACAUCAUCACCCUCAAAAUCUCUCAUUAUCCCACUCCAAAAUCUAAAUAAAAAACAUCAAAACUUACCUCUUUGUCUCCCUCAAUCCCAUCUCUUUGUCUCUCUCUCUCUCUAAAACUUCUUCACUUUUUUUGUAACCAAACUCAAAACCCUAAUCCUUCCUACUCUCUCACAAAUACCCUACUUUCCCACCUCACAUCAAUGGCCCUCUCUCUCUCAUCCAUGACCAUAGGCCUCAUAGCAUCUCUCUUCAUUUCUCUCUCUAGAGGCUAUGAAACAAGCUCUGACAUGGUCCAACAUUUCCUAGACAGCCACAACCAAGCUAGGGCAAAAGUUGGUGUUCCCCCUCUAAAAUGGGAGCCAUUGCUAGCCACUUAUGCUAGGGUUUACUCAAACCAAAGGAGAGGAGACUGCCAAUUGAUCCACUCUACCAGUCCCUAUUUUGGAGAGAACAUUUUUUGGGGCCAAGGCUCACAUUGGAGUGCUAGAGAUGCUGUGGAGGCUUGGGUUAGAGAAGAGCAGGACUAUCACUAUGAGACCAACACCUGCUCAGGCCCAGACUGCACCCACUAUACACAGCUGGUCUGGAGAAACACUCAGAUGGUUGGGUGUGCUAAGAUCAUAUGCAACAGUGGUGACACCUUCGUCACCUGUGAAUACUACCCGCCCGGAAAUUAUGUCGGCUCUAGGCCUUAUUGAAGGUUGAGCCUUCUAGACCUAGCUCUUUAAUAUCAACAUGACAGUUGUGGGUCUCCAAACACAUAAAUUAGAUGUGCAUGGAGACAACGUAGAAAGGUUUCUUUGUAUGAUGAUUAAUUUGUGUUGAAUUACUAUUGUAAAGUAUAUACUAUGAUCCAGUGGACUAUGGAUUGAGUUGUCGUCCAUCUAGGUGGUGACCAUCAGAUGAAUUGGUUGGAAUGAGAACCAACCAAUAGGCCUUGAUCUU